AUGCCAGUAAAGAAGAAGAGAAAAGACUCCUCCAGGGUGGCAGCAGCAGUAGUGGAAGACAGUGGCCUAAAAAAGUGUAAAAUCUCCAGCUAUUGCAGAUCCUCCCUCCCUGCUAGACUAAUAAGUGGAGAGGAACAUUUUUCAAGCAAGAAGUGCCUGGCUUGGUUUUAUGAGUAUGCAGGUCCUGAUGAAGUUAUAGGGCCAGAAGGAAUGGAAAAAUUUUGAGACAUUGGUAUUGAACCUGAAAAUAUUAUGUCAGUUUUAGUGUGGAAAUUGGAGGCUGAAAGCAUGGGAUUUUUUACCAAGGAAGAAUGGUUAAAGGGAAUGACUUCAUUACAGUGUGACUGCACAGAAAAGUUACAAAACAAAUUUGACUUUUUGUGCUCACAGCUGAAUGAUAUUUUGUCAUUUAAGGAUAUAUACAGAUAUGCAUUUGAUUUUGCAAGGGAUAAAGAUCAGAGGAGCCUUGAUAUUGAUUCUGCUAUAUCUAUGUUAGCUCUUCUGCUUGAGAGGAUAUGGCCACUGUUUUCAGUAUUUUACCAGUACCUGGAACAAUCAAAGUACUGUGUUAUGAACAAAGAUCAGUGGUACAAUGUAUUAGAAUUCAGCAGAACAGUCCAUGCAGAUUUUAGUAACUACGAUGAAGAUGUUGCUUGGCUCGUUCUUCUUGAUGAAUUUGUUGAGUGGCAAAAAAUACAUCAAACAUGA